AUGUCAGAACCGUCCCCCGAACAACCUCUUCGCGGGACUCCUCACAUCCGCCUCAACUCCGGAACACACGAUGUGCUCGAAGAUGACGACGCUAGCACCGUUAGCCCUAUCCUAUCAGAACCCAGCGGACGCCCCCUCACACCAAUGACACCGCGAAUCCUCGACUCCCAGUCCACCGGAACCCUACAAACCGUAUACGCAUCUUUCAACCAACAUGGCUCGACAGAAUUCCUGAUACCCCCGCGGCCGCAGCGCCAUCGCUCGAGAGAGGACCUCGGCUCACCGAGCCUAUCCAUUCUCUCCUCGCGCCGAACAAGCUGGAGCUCCGAGGCCGGUAGCUAUGAGACGAGAGGGUACUCGUACACCCAGUCCCACGCGCCCUCGCACGCCGAGAGCGAGGAGAACGACAUGAACACGCAGACCGUCACGGAGAAGUACAACAUCAUGCCGACGGACGGGCUACUGCUGUUCCCGGAGGACGUCGAAAAGGACGACUACCUGCACAACCCGGACCCCAGCGAUCGGGAGCGCGAAUGCGAUAUCUGGAAUCGGCGCGGUGUGAUAAAUGUCGGUGGCUUGAUUUUUCUUACUAUAGGGUUCUUGGCGCUGUUCAUUGGGUAUCCUAUCGCGACUGCUAUGAAAGGGCUCGAGAAGCCGCGCCCGCGCUGUGAGGAGGGGGAUACGCUGUGUCUUGAUGUUGGAGAUCGACCUUUAUUAUCGAAUAUCCGCACAGGGCUAAUAGAUCCGGAUACGCCGGCGUCGGAACAUACGAAGAAGUCGGCGGAUGGGAAGGAGUGGAAGCUUGUUUUCUCUGACGAGUUUACGAAACCUGGUCGGACGUUCUACGACGGAGAUGACCCUUACUAUCAAGCCGUGGAUAUCUGGUACGGCGUCACCCAGGAUCUCGAGUGGUACGACCCCGACGCGGUAACAACAAGAGACGGCGUCCUAGAAAUCCGCUUCGACUCCUUCCCAAACCACGAACUAAAGUACCGAUCCGGGAUGGUCCAAAGCUGGAACAAGCUCUGCUUCAGCGGCGGGCGUCUCGAAGCCAGCAUAUCCCUCCCAGGCGACGGCGAGAUCUCCGGAUUCUGGCCGGGCUUCUGGGCAAUGGGCAACCUAGGCCGACCCGGAUACGCCGCGAGCACAGAAGGCAUGUGGCCCUAUAGCUACUCCGACGAGUGUGAUGCGGGUAUCACGCCGAACCAAAGCUCCACGGAUGGACUGAACUGGCUUCCUGGGAUGCGGUUGCCGGCGUGUACCUGUCCUGGCUCGGACCAUCCGAGCCCAGGCAAGUCACGCAGUGCGCCGGAGAUUGAUGUGAUUGAGGCGAGUGUUUCGCCGUUGACUGGCGAUGAGACGACGAUUGUAGGGUCGGUCUCGCAGAGUCUGCAGAUGGCUCCGUUUGAUAUCUGGUACAUGCCAGACUACGACUUCACCGCCGUCUACGACCGAAACGUCACCCAGAUAAACACCUACCGUGGCGGCCCCUACCAACAAGCCAUGUCCAGCGUGACAAACCUCAACAACGACUGGUACAACGGACACGAAUACCAAACCUACGCCUUCGAGUACACACCCGGCGCAGACGGCCAGGUAACCUGGUUCGUGGGCCCCGAAAAAACAUGGACGCUCGACGGCCGCGCAAUCGGACCAAACGGCAACGUCGGACAGCGCGUUAUCCCCGUUGAGCCCCUCGCCAUCGUCAUGAAUCUGGGCAUGGCAUGGAACUUUGCGCCCAUUCAGCCGGGGAUCGAGAAUCAUAUGCCGGCGUUUAUGCGCUUCGAUUAUAUUCGCAUCUAUCAGGAUCCCGACGAGGUUAGCGUUACGUGUGACCCGCCCGGGUAUGAGACGACGGAGUAUAUUGCGAAGCAUCCGAAUGCCUAUCGGAAUAUUAAUAAGACGACUUGGUCCGACGCGGGGUAUGACUGGCCGACCAACACACUGAUGCAUGGAUGUUGA